CACGGCAAUCACCCUUACUCCAACUGCGAAGGGUUCUAAUGCAAGGAACCGCGUGCGUCGUCUGAUCUUACUGUUGCGAUGCCGAAAGCUAAGGGAAAGAGCAGGAGGCAAAAGUACAACUACAAUGUGAACCGCAAGAAGCUAAACAGGGCUUUUCGCAAGCGGGCGACACCCCGUAUAAAAUGUUCUCAAAUCCGACGUGCCUGGGAUCGCACUAAAUCUGUAGCACAAAAUCUGGCUGAAAUGGGCCUAGCUGUUGAUCCAAACAAGGCUGUUCCCAUUCCAAAGUUAAUGCAACAGGUGAUGAAUAUGGAAGUUGAUGGACAAGAAGGAAAGAAAAGAAUUGUGCAGAAGCCGUAUGUACUAAAUGAGUUGCAGUAUGAGGCCAGCCUCCCAGAGAAGAAAUCUGAGACUCUUUCCAGAGAUCUUAUUGACUAUGUUCAGCACAUGAUCCGGAAUCAUGGUGAAAACUAUAAGGCCAUGGCUCGUGAUGAGAAGAACUAUUACCAGGACACCCCAAAGCAAAUAAAGAGGAAGAUCGAUGUAUACAAACGGUUCUAUCCUGAGGAGUACCAAGCUUUUUGUGCCUCUUUAUAGCAGGAAAAGAUGGACCAACAAUAACCUGCCACAGCAAUAGGAAGAAGCAUCUGAUAUUCCUUCUGUUACUGGUGUUCAGAAACUGCAACUUGUAGUAAAUGAAAUCCUACUCUUUAAUGAGAGAACAUGGGACUAUAUCUGCACAGAUGGUCUGGACUGGUGCUGUGAAAGUGGCAUUGAUUUUAUAGUUUUCACCAUUCUGGGGGAAAGGAACAGCAUUUACCUUUGGCAAAAUAAAUUACUUCCAAAGCUGAGA